CAUUGAUUUCUCUCUUUCAGAGCAAGGUCUGUUUAUGAGAGAGCCUUAGAUGUAGACCACAGAAAUAUCACCAUAUGGCUGAAAUAUGCUGAGAUGGAAAUGAAGCAUCGCCAGAUUAACCAUGCACGGAAUAUCUGGGACAGAGCUGUCACCAUCUUGCCAAGAGUGAACCAGUUUUGGUACAAAUACACCUACAUGGAAGAGAUGCUCACUAACAUUGCUGGUGCACGGCAGAUUUUUGAACGAUGGAUGGAAUGGGAGCCAGAUGAGCAAGCCUGGCAUUCUUAUAUUAACAUGGAGCUCAGAUACAAGGAAGUGGAUCGUGCCAGGAGUAUAUAUGAGAGAUUUGUUAUGGUACAUCCAGAAGUGAAAAAUUGGGUGAAGUUUGCUAAAUUUGAGGAACGUCAGUCCAAUUCAGUUGGUGCAAGAGAUGUGUAUGAAAGAGCAGUAGAGUUUUUUGGUGAGGAAAAUGCAGAGGAGAAACUUUUUCUUGCAUUUGCAAAAUUUGAAGAAAACUGCAAAGAGCAUGAUCGAGUGAGGGUGAUUUUCCAGUAUGCUCUGAAAAUCUUACCAAAAGAGGAGUGUGAAGAGUUGUACAAAGCUUACACUCAACAUGAGAAGAAAUAUGGAGACAAAGGGGGGAUAGAAGAUGUGAUCGUUAGCAAGAGAAAAUUCCAGUAUGAGGAGGAAGUGAAAACAGAUCCGAAUAAUUACGACGCAUGGUUUGAUUACCUUCGUCUGAUGGAAAGCGAGGCGGAUCCCGAUGCAGUGAGGGAAGUCUACGAAAGAGCAAUCGCCAAUAUUCCACCCGCCGAGGAGAAGCGUCUAUGGAGACGAUACAUUUACCUGUGGAUCAAUUAUGCGCUAUAUGAAGAACUUCUGGCUAAGGACAUGGACAGGACAAGACAGGUGUAUCGUGCAUGUUUGGAUCUUAUACCACACAAGAAGUUCACAUUCGGAAAAGUCUGGCUGUUGUAUGCCCAGUUUGAAAUUCGUCAGAAAGAUCUUAAGGCAGCUCGGCAGGCGUUGGACACAGCGAUCGUGAAAUGUCCCAAAGACAAACUCUUCCGAGAAUACAUCGGUCUCGAGUUACAGCUUCGAGAGUUUGAUCGCUGUCGUAAGUUGUACGAGAAAUUCCUGGAGUUUAAUCCUGCAAACUGUACCACAUGGGUCAAGUACGCCGAACUUGAAACCAUUCUUGGUGAUACUGAAAGAGCACGUGCGCUGUUUGAACUAGCUGUCAACCAACCAUUGCUUGAUAUGCCCGAGGUUUUGUGGAAAGCGUACAUAGAUUUUGAGAUUAACUUCGAAGAGUACGACAAAACGCGAGAUCUGUACGAGAGGUUACUCAAACGAACGCAACACGUUAAGGUUUGGAUCAGCUUUGCACAGUUCGAGGCCUCUACUGGAACUGAUGAAAGCAUCAUACAAGCAAGGACUGUUUACGAACGCGCGAGCAAAUCUCUCAGAAACGCAGAGGAGAAAGAAGAAAGAGUGAUGGUACUGGAAGCCUGGAAAGAAUUUGAGGACGAAUGUGGAGAUGACAGCUCACAAGAGGAAAUCAAGAAAAAGAUGCCUCGCCGGGUAAAGAAGAGGAGAAAAGUGCAAACAGACGAUGGGUCAGAUGCUGGUUGGGAAGAAUAUUACGAUUACAUCUUUCCUGACGAUGAAGCCAACAUGCCUAACUUUAAACUGCUCCAGAUGGCCAGACUUUGGAAAAAGAACCAAUCACAACAGGAAUAAUUAAUAACGUCUGUUGUUCUGGCUGCUGGUUGUUUAGUUGUCGUAUAAAUAUCACAAAUAUCGUGUACAGAAUGUUUUCUACACAACAAAAUAAAUCUUCAAUCUGUUAA